ACAAAAUCACAAAAAAUAUGGCGGCAACAGCAACACCAUCGGCGGCGACGGAGGCGGACGCCGCCUCCGACCGCCUCCUCGCCUGAAGGCAGUUCGACGAGUCGAAGUCCGGCGUCAAAGCCUCGUCGAUCGGGCAUCACCACCCCCCUCCCUUUUUCUCACCCAAACCCUAACCCUAAACCCCCAAAUCAGAGGAUUUCCAUCCCCACCGUCGAUCUCUCACUCCCUCGCUCCGCCGUCGUCGACCUCAUCAGCACCGCCGCCAGAACCGUCGGAUUCUUCCACGUCAUCAACCACGGCGCCCUCCUGCCCGUCCUCGAUGGGGCGAUCUCAGCCGUCCGAUCUUUCCACGAGCUCCCCGUCGAGAUCCGAUCCCAAUACUACUCCCGCGAGUUCGUCGGCGGCGUCUCCUACGCCUCGAACUUCGACCUUUUCCGAUCCGCCGCUGCCAGCUGGAGGGAUACAGUCCAGAUCCGGUUCUGGCGGGGCUCGUUUGAUCCGGACCGCAUCCCAGAGAUCUGCAGGGAGGAAGUGAUAUCACUUGAAAAGCACAUGGCAGAGGUUGGGAAGGAUGUGAUGGGGAUGCUAGAGGAGGGAAUGGGGGUCAAGAGGGGAAGGUUGGAGGAAAUGAGCUGCGGUGAUGGGAGGACGAUGGUCUGCCACUAUUAUCCGCCAUGUCCGGAGCCGGAGAAGACGAUGGGGACAUCAGCGCACACGGAUCCCAGUGUGGUGACGGUGCUGGUGCAGGAUAAGGUUGGGGGUUUGCAGGUUAAGUGGAAAGGAGAAUGGGCGGAUGUGGAGCCGGUGGAGGGGGCGCUUUUGAUCAAUAUUGGUGAUUUGCUGCAGAUUAUGUCAAAUGACGAAUACAAGAGCGUGGAGCAUAGAGUCAUAGCAAAUUCUCAUAAAGAAGCAAGGGUUUCUAUUGCCUUAUUCAUCAAACCUGGGGAGGGAGGGGAAUCUUAUUACUACGGGCCUUUGCCAGAGGUUGUAUCUCAAGAAAAGCCUGCCAUCUAUCGAAAUUUCACUAUGGCAGAGUUUCUCGGGACUUUCAUUAGCAAAGGUUUGGCCAGCAAAUACGUACUUGAUCACUUCAAGUUGUAGAGAAGUAUACACCGCUUUUCAGAAAAAAGAAGCAUGAUGUAUGUUGUGAAAUAGUUGAACAAUAUUCAACAAAACAUGCUUGUGUUGUAUAUGCAAGGGUAUUCGCUGUGAAACUUUGCAUGUAUAGUAAUAAGUUGAUGUGGAAAUGACUGUUGUAUGAUUUUUGAUUCUAUCAAAAAAGUAUCAAAAUAUAUAAAGCACUGUUUUAAAGA